AAAAUUUCCCUUUUGCAAAGGCGAAAAGUCAAAGAAAUUCCCCUGUCUCGUCCAUUUUGACUUUUGUGAGCAAGACGUCUGGUUCAGCGCUGAUCAAUCUCCUGAUUUUUUGUUGAUUAUCUCGACCAGGAAUUUUGCAAAAUAACAUGGCUGCUGUAGGAAAAGACAUCGAGAAGCCCCAAGUGGAUUCAUCAACCACACACCGUAUCCGCAUCACUUUGACCUCCAGGAACGUCCGCUCCUUGGAGAACGUGUGCCGCGACUUGAUUCAAGGCGCCAAAACACAAAAGUUGCAGGUCAAGGGGCCAGUUCGCAUGCCGACAAAGACCCUCCGCAUCACCACCCGCAAGACACCUUGUGGUGAAGGUUCAAAGACAUGGGAUCGCUUCCAGAUGAGGAUUCACAAGCGCAUCAUCGACUUGCACUCGCCCUCUGAGAUCGUCAAGAAGAUCACAUCCAUCAACAUUGAACCUGGUGUAGAGGUUGAAGUCACAAUCGCUGCUUAAGUUGGCGAGGUCGCCUGAAGCUUCCAAGGAGAAACACCUCCAUUUGUACUGGAAGAACUGAAAAUACAAUCCCCUGAGGGGAAUUUUAUUUCUACCAAAAA